UUCUUAUUUGUCAACACAUAGUAAGAGAACAAAAACAGACCAAAUUUCUUGAAUAAAAUUCAAUUUAAUAACAUUAAUUCACAACUAAAACGAUUUACAAAUAUUUUAUUUAGGGACUACAUUCAAUAACAUAAAAAUCAAAAGUUCGCCGAAACGCCGCUAGCAUAGAAUUAAAAAAUAUGUGUUUUUGCAGAAAAAAAUAGGAAUUCAAUUUGAUAGGGUCAGGUAGACAAAUAACAAUGAGAUAUUGUUUUGGAAUAAUAAUUUUGAUUUUGUUGAAUGAAUUGUUUGAGAUCGUGGCCGUAGAAAUAAAUUGUAGUACAUUGCGAAUGGGUCAAUAUAUGUGCCCGGAUCCAAAUAUAAAUCAUAUCGAUCCAAAGACACAGCAACCAAUUGGUUGUACGAAAAAUAAUGUCGCCAAAGUGUGGUGUAUAGCUGCCGAAGGUCUUAUUUGUAGCGAAACUAAGAAUACAAGUUUCAAAGGUGAAAUUCCAUGCCGAUGGACAAAUGGAUACCAUUUUGACACAGCAUUACUUUUAUCAAUAUUUCUGGGGAUGUUUGGUAUCGAUCGUUUCUAUUUGGGCUAUCCAGCGAUUGGUUUACUAAAGUUUUGUACAUUUGGUUUCAUGUUUUUGGGCCAACUGGUCGAUGUGAUUCUGAUAGCGACUCAACGCAUUGGACCUGCCGAUGGUUCUGCAUACAUAAUAUCAUAUUACGGGCCUGUUUUAUCUGUGAUACGUAGCGACAAUACGACCUAUUUAAGGCCACAAAGCGAUUGGUGAGAUAAAUAGUACAACAUUAUUGUCCGUGCACCAACGAUGACGAUAAAUGUGCGACACGAACUCAAUUCAAUUCAACGCUAAAAGUUCUUGUAGACUGUACCUGCCUUGACUGUGUGCAGUCAACCUUUCCAAAAUAUAGACUACAGCUCUUCUGUUCUGAAUGAAUAAAUAAAAAAUAAAGUUUUUAACUUUUAGUUGUAGAAACGAUCAAAAAUGAAUUUUUAUUACACAUGUAUUUAUUUAAUUUUCCAUUAUUAUUAUUAUUCAAAUCUUACAAAUAAAAAAUUAUAUUCCGUUGUCUUUUAA